UGAUUUUGAAAUUCUCGCUUUAGUUUUUUGUUCUGAUACUCCUCAUCCUAUCCUUCAAGUAAGUCAAUUGGCGUGUCAUUCCGACAAAUGAUUGUUCGAUUCUCACAAAACAGAAUAAAGAUUCGAUUCUUCACGUCUUGAUUCGUCACAAGGGCGACAUGGCAUUGGUUUUUGAAGUGCCGUACUGGUAUCUUUCAAAGACACAAAAACUUGGUGUCUUUCCUACAAGCAGCGAUUGUCGAACUCUUUGAUCUGCUAUUGGCAUUCGCACAAUUAUUUUUGGUGUUUCUGCGUGUUGUUGUUGUGGUGUUGGUUGCAGUCACCUGAAUAUAUAGAAGAAUAGACGAGAUGGUGCAUUGGAUUCCAUCAAGAAUUCUGGUUGUCACUGCCCUGAUCAGUGGCACUUGCUUGGGGUUUCAAUCCCAUGUGGCGAGACGGCCUUCCUCCUUGCUAUCCCCGGCGUUACCACCACCACAGGCGCAGAAUCAGGUCCAGCUUCCACAAAGACUAGGAAGUUCCGCCCUGCAUGUGCUAACAGUACGGGAACCAGACUUACUCGAAAUGAUGAUGGGAGGCGAACGCUUUGAAAUGGUCCCAUUGCCUGAUCGAAUGUGCUCGACCACCGUCUUUGUGGGCAAUUUUUGUGAGUUUGUGCACGAUGAAGAUCUAAGCGCACUUUUUCGGACAGUCAGUACAUUGCAAUCUAUUCCGGCUUGUGUGGUGAGAAAGGCAAACAUGCAGUCUCUGAGGUAUGGAUUUGUGACUUUUCUUACCGAAGAGGAAACAGAGGCUGCAAUUUUGCGAUUUCACGGGAGCGAAUGGCGAGGGCAGACAAUCAAGGUAGAACCGAUUCGAGAUCAUCCCAAGCGUGGACGAGUGCGAGUACCUGAACGAAUGGUUAGCUUUGUCAGCGGUUCGCUCAAGAAAACUAGAAAAGGACAAGUCAACUCAAUGAGGGAUGCCCGUGUGGGAACUGCCAACAAGGGUGCCGGAGCACCAAAGGGGAAGAAGAAGAAAAAGGCCAACAAAAGACUAAAGCGCGGUUCUGCAGCUUGCCGACUGUCAGUCUGUGAAAGAGAAGAACUAGACAGGGCCUUCACAAAAGGCUACCUUACCCUAGAUGGUAGGAAUGGUCACGGAUCUCUGGCUAACCUGUGCUCUUCGGAAGCACUCAUGGGAUCCAGGCUGGCAACUGCACACCGCGAAUGGUGCAGCGAACGUGCCAAACCAAACAUUAUUCACUACAAAGCUAGUGGAAGAGGUCGCGAGUGUCUUGACCACCUGGUCGUUGAUCUUUCUCCUCUCCGAGACCAGGUUUGCUCUGAGCGGACCGAUGAGAUAUUGGAGGCUGCUGCACGAGCUGAAAUGGAUCUUCGGCUCACCGGAGAUUCGGAAGAAUGUGCUUUGGAUCCUGCUGUGAUGCGAAAGGAGCAGGAGGAUGUGAAUGGAAGAAACAAGUGCAACAAAAAGAACGGAGUUUCAGGCAACACGUCCGUCUCAGUUCCAAUCUCCAAACUCCCCUUUGUCAGUCUGGGCUUUUUUGUUGGAGAUCGUUGCAAAGCCAAGGCCAUGGCGAAGGAAUUGUCUGUGUUGUGGGAAAUCGUGGAAGUAAGUUGUGAAGAAGACGAAGAUUGCGACCUAACCGAGAUGCAUCAUGGUGAAGGGAAAGGACAUAAGAAAGACAAGAGAUACAAGAACCACCAUGGCAAGACUGGUAGAGCCCACCGAAAGAGAAUCAGAAGGGAGGACUUGGAACAGAGCAUGGGCAAGUACCUGCGGUACUGAGUUAGUUGAAGUGUUCACUCCUUUUCCAUGUACAUGUAGAAGAUCGCACAGAGCAACACCGCAAAGAACAAAUGAUUGGCUGAUUUUGGACAUAGACAAUUAGAAGCUAGCUAGUCCACUAAACAGAAUAGAAUGUUGAUAGCAUCUGGUUGUGGUU